AAUUUAGCAGGGAAGCAAAAGGCAGAAUACAAAAGUUAGUGGAGGAGCUCAAGCACAGCAGCUUUAAAAGCCAGACUUUUGGAUAUGUGGAGGCCACUCCUUCCUUGGGAUGCACCUCGUCUCCUGUUCUGUUGAGGAUAGAAAAAGGGUCACUGAAAAAAGAAAAAGUUGGAAAGUCGAUCGCACAACGAAUAAAUAAAAGGUUAAGCAACGCAUCGGACUUCCCAGUUGCCACUGUAACGUUCGUUGCAGCAGCAGCAGCACAAGCGAAUUCCAAUCGUUUGGUAUUUAUUCACGCAGAGUUCCCUAACCAAAUCUUUCACAGUAAGCAGUCCAACAGAAGGACAGGAGACCCAUAGCAAAUGGCUGCUUGUCGACGAUUUCUCACCAUUCUUGUUCUGACGAACAUCUUGGUUUCGUUCACUACCCCAACAUAUUCUCGUUCCUCUGACAAAGUUACCGUCUCGCUUUACUAUGAAACUCUGUGUCCUUAUUGUGCGAAUUUCAUAGUGAGUUAUCUGGUGAAGAUCUUCCAGAACGACCUCAUCUCCGUCGUCAAUCUCAGGAUGAUCCCGUGGGGCAACGCCUGGAUCCAAUCGGACGGCACCUUCGUUUGCCAGCAUGGGCCAGAUGAAUGCUUGCUGAACACCAUUGAAGCCUGCACCAUUACUAUCUAUCCUGAUGUGGUCAGGCAUUUUCGAUUUAUACACUGCGUUGAGCGUCUCAGCUUGGAGGGCAAGCACAAUGAGUGGACCAAUUGCUUUGAUAUGACAGGUUUGGGAACUGUACCAAUAGAUUGCUACAAUAGUGGCUAUGGAAACAGGAUUGAACAAAAACAUGCUACGGAAACUGCUCAGCUUAAUCCACCUCAUAGAUUUGUGCCAUGGGUUGUCGUGAAUAAUCAACCACUCCAAGAGGACUACGGAAAUUUUAUGAACUAUAUUUGCAAGGCUUACAAAGGCAAUCCUAGACCUGAGGCCUGCAUAUCACUUACGUUUCAAAUGGACUCGACUGAGAAAGCAAAUUCCCUCCAUCCAGUUUGCUAUGCAGAUAAAGCAAGGAACUUUACAUCAUCCGCAGCAACAGGAAAUGAAAAUAUCCCAAGACCGGCAAACGAUUCUUGGACACACCGGGGAUGAAGAUGGAUCUUUCAUGAUUCAUUAAAAUCUACGUCAAUACAAAACUUUAUGUUAUCAUGGCUGGUCCACCUGAUGCUUUAAUGAUUAUUUAUUGGCUGAGUUCAUACAUACUGUUGUAAGACUCUCUCUUCUUGAUUGAAGUUAUUUAUAUAUGGCCCAACUAGUUUUUACA